CCAGGCCGGAAGUCGGGCGGCCAGGAGUUCAGCGGUGUGUGAAAUCGAUCGAUGCUGCCCCCAGUCCCUGCCCCUCCUCCGGUUGUGCAAUGCUCGAGUGGAGCGUGCACGGGGGGCAGGGGGCAGGGGGCAGCUGUGUUAUGGCUGCGGCUUAUACAACUCUCAGGCCCGGGCUAAACUGUCGGCAGCUGCUGUCGGCUCGGCGCCAAGGUCAGGGCAAGUUCAGAACUAGAAUUAUUUAGCAUACAACAGAAGUUUUCGCCGCCUCCCAUUGUUCGAAGGGAACUUCCUGGAGGAUCUGCCCGACCGUUAGCAGCCAUGGCCAGUCUUCCUUCAUUCCGAUUGGCUGUUCCGCGAAGGAAAAGCCUGUUGCUUGCGCCCGUCGACAGGGGUUGAAAGGUGGACCUAUGCGAGCCUUUCUUUUGCCACCCCAUUAGAGCCACCCCAAGGGCAGGCACAAGGCCAGAGAGAGCCUUCCUGGUUCUGCCGCGCAGCUCUGUCCAUCAUUCGACUUCUGAAGUUGAAAGCCUAAGCAUCUGCCGAAGCACCCAAACCAAAACCCAAACCAAAACCAAAACCAACACCAAAACCAAACCAUAGCCCACUGAGGAUUACCGCACAGUUUGGAUACAAAGAUACACAGAUACAACAAGCUGAAAAUGCAAUCCAAAACACACACCACAACCGAUCGACAUGGCUAUAGCCUGCGCUUCUCGCCUUUCGAGGCCAACUACUUGCUGCUAGCUACAAGCCAAUUGUACGGUCUGGCCGGUGGUGGUUCUCUCUUUCUUCUCAGCCAAAACUCGACUUCAGACGGGCAGAGCCCCAAUCUGAGUGAACUGUGCCGUCUGGAGUGGUCGGAUGGUCUGUUCGACGUCGCCUGGUGCCCCUAUGCCGCCGAUGUGGCAGCCACAGCCUCUGGCGAUGGCUCGCUUCAGAUCUGGUCCGGUUUGGACGCCGAGGCGGCCGAGGGCCAGGAGACGCCCAAACAGCCGCUGAUCUGCCUGCAGGAGCACAAGAACGAGAUCUACAGCCUGGACUGGGGCGAGCAGUGGAACUACCAUACGCUCCUCUCCGCCAGCUGGGACCGCACUCUGAAGCUGUGGGACUGCAACAGACAGCACUCCAUCACGACCUUUGUGGGGCACAGUGAUUUGAUCUAUUGCGCAAAGUUUUCCCCGCUGAUCGCGAAUCUCUUUGCAAGCGUGAGUACCGACGGGCAGUUGAACUUAUGGAAUUCUCUUGAUUUUGCAGGUAAACCCCUGAUGAGCAUCGAGGCGCAUGCCAGCGAGGUGCUCGCCUGCGACUGGAGCCACUUUGACCGGAACAUCCUGGUGACUGGGGGAUCGGAUGGCCUCAUCCGAGGCUGGGAUCUGCGCAAGAUGCGGACGCACGUCUUUGAGCUGUACUCGGGAGAGUUUGCCGUCCGACGUUUGGCCUGUUCCCCGCACUCGUCGACGGUUUUGGCAUCGGCCAACUAUGAUUUUACCACGAGAAUUUGGAAUCUGGAACGGGGCGAAUCCCCACAGGAGAUCAACGAACAGCACACGGAAUUCGUUUGCGGCUUGGAUUGGAAUCCCCAUCGUGCCCAUCAAUUGGCAGACUGUGGCUGGGAUUCUCUGGCCAAUGUUUAUACCCCCAAAUGCCUCAUCCAGGACGGGGCUGCCUAAGGGAUCCUCUAGAGAGGAACUGGAAGUAUACUCGAUACGAUAUGUGAUAAUAGCCAGGCCUACAGACCGCAAGACGAUAGAUAGCCCAGCUAUAAACAGCCUCUAAGGAACCAAAGACGGUAGAAGACAGACAGAAGAUCGAUCCUCGAGGAAACGAAGAAACGAGGAUCAAAAGGAUCAAAAUGAUGUGUAAAUAGUUGUGUGAUAAAAACCGCAUGCAGGUGCUGCUGCUGCUUCAAUGUCAAUAAAAGCUUACCCUAUAUUA